AUGGCUGCAAAAAUUCUUCUUCAAAGAUUGGGACAAGUUGGUAUUGGUCUUGCAUUAGCUGGAUCCGUGGCACAAAGUGCUUUAUUUAAUGUUGAUGCUGGUGAAAGAGCCGUAAUUUUCGAUAGAUUUUCUGGAGUUCAUAAAACUGUACAAGGUGAAGGAACACAUUUUAUCAUUCCAUGGCUUCAAAAGCCAAUUAUUUUUGACAUUAGAAGUACACCAAGAGCAGUCUCAACAAUUACUGGAUCAAAAGAUCUUCAAAACGUAACAAUUACUUUACGUAUAUUACAUCGUCCAGAACCAUCUAAACUUCCAGAUAUUUAUCUUAAUAUUGGUGUAGAUUAUGCUGAACGUGUAUUGCCUUCAAUUGUUAAUGAAGUUUUAAAAUCUGUUGUAGCACAAUUUGAUGCACAUGAGAUGAUCACACAACGUGAAGUUGUUUCACAAAGAGUUUCCGAACAAUUAUCUAAACGUGCAUCUCAAUUCGGUCUUCUUCUUGAUGACAUUUCAAUUACUCAUUUAUCUUUUGGACGUGAAUUUACAGAAGCUGUUGAGAUGAAACAAGUUGCUCAACAGGAAGCAGAAAAGGCUAGAUAUCUUGUAGAGAAAGCUGAACAAAUGAAGAUAGCCGCUAUUACAACAGCAGAAGGAGAUGCUCAAGCAUCUAAAUUAUUGUCAAAAGCUUUUAGUGAUUGUGGUGAUGGUUUGAUUGAAUUAAGAAAAAUCGAAGCUGCUGAAGAGAUUGCUGAAAAAAUGGCUAAAAAACAAGGUGUUGUAUAUCUUCCAAAGAAUGUUCAACCACUUAUGGCCAUGCAAUAG